AUGGCUGAGAAAAUGAAGGUCGAUAUUCGCAGUUCUGAUAUGACCCUCGAGAUGCAAGACUCUGCCGUUAAGGUGGUUCUCUUAGCCGUCUCAAAAUUCACAGUUGAAAAAGACAUGGCUGCCUUUGUGAAGAAGGAAUUCGAUGGCCUCCAUGGGGAGACCUGGCAUUGUGUCGUGGGAAAGGACUACGGCAGGUAA